CCCCGACCCGCCGUGCACCAUCGCGCUGGGUUUGAAGCGCACCAAGUACUCGUUGGGGCUGUGGAAGUGGGGACUGGUGCUGGGGGGACAAGAGGAAGGAAUUGAGGUGGAAGAUAAAAGUUUGGAAUCGAGCACAAUGGCCAGGCCACCGCGGGGGAGCGACCUCCUGUCAGUGUUGCGUGGGUUGUCCCGUGUUGGCUCAGCAGUGGUCGAUGUGAGGUCACAAGAGGUCACCAAGGCAUGGGCUACCUCCUCCUUACGACCUCUGAUCGUGCAGGGAUCGGCCAACCUCCAGGAAGCUAUCUCCAAGGCCGUUCAGCAGCCACAAGUUGUUCAAACUGAAGCAUCAAAGGGUGUGUCAGAGGCACUUGCCCGCAUCUCAAUGGUGGGAGAAGGCCUCAGAGCAUACAGGAGUGGUGCAGUUCCAGCUGCAGCAGACCUAUCAAGUCAAGUAGAAACUGCAAUUGACCCGAUGUAUGAUCCAGAGGUGCAGGAGCUGAACAUUGAGGAGAUCAUGAUGCAGGAAGCUUGGAUGGGCCACGAGGAGCACAAAAUUCCAGAACACACAGCUGUAGACAAGCAGAUGAAAGAGGCCAUUGUGGGUGCAAGGAACAUCAGAGAUUCAGUAAUGGAAAAUGCAAAAGAGGCCAGAAGUAGCAUUCAGAGAAGGAUGGAAGAAUUUGAGCCCCUACUCGAUGUGUCUAAAGUGGAGGAGAAGGAGAUUACAGAUGACCAACUCCAAGCUCUGCAGGAAAAGCUGGAUGAGCUGAAAGGGGCUUCCUUUGGACAAAAUAUGAAAAUGUUGAGUGAUAUACAGGAGCAUUCCAGACCCAUGGAAGAAGUAUUACAGGAAGUCAUAAAAGAUCAAACAGGUCUUCAAGACAUGGUGCUACAGGAAGUUGCAACUGAACAAACAGCUGUCAAGGAAGAACUAAGACAGGAAGUUAUACCUGAACAGACAGCUGUCAAGGAAGAAAUAAAGCAGGAAGUUAUACCAGAACAGACAGCCGUCAAGGAAGAACUAAGACAGGAAGUUGCAACUAAACAAACAGCUGUCAAGGAUGAACUAAUACAGGAAGUUCUACCAGAACAGACAGCAGUCAAGGAAGAACUAAUACAAGAACUUAAAUCUGAACAGAUAGCUGUCAAGGAAGAACUAAUACAGGAAGUUAUGCCAGAACAGACAGCUGUCAAGGAAGAACUAAUACAGGAAGUUAUGCCAGAACAGACAGCUGUCAAGGAAGAACUAAUACAGGAAGUUAUGCCAGAACAGUCAGCUGUCAAAGAAGAACUAAUACUGGAACUUAAAUCUGAACAGACAGCUAUCAAGGAAGAAAUAAGGCAGGAAGCUAUACCUGAUGAGGCAGUUUUCAAGGGAGAAGUGGUACAGGAAGUUGUCAUUGAGCAUACAAGCUUCAAAGAAGAAGUAUUGGCAAAGCCAAGUACUUUUGAAAGUGUGUCAGUAAAGAAAGAAGUAGAGAAGGAACUGGACAGCACUUUAGCCCAGGUAGCCAAGACCAUUAAUCUUGAAGAAACUAAUACUUCUACUAUUCAGGAUUUCGAUGUUGAGCUUCAGGCAAAGCCAGCCAUUUGCAAAGAUGAAGCAGAAAAAGUUGUAAUCAAAGCAUCUCCAGAAUCCAGUGGCACAAACGUAGACACAUCUUCAACAGUGGAAGAUUUCAUAGUACCUAGUACUGUUGGGUCUGGACCUGCAGCUGCAGCUAGUAUUUCAGGAGCAGCUGUUGCUUCAGUUAGUAUGGCUGCUGCAUCAACAGCAGCAGCAGCUGCAACAGUAGCUGCAUCAGUAGCUGCAUCUGCAUCUGCAGUUGCCACUCAGUCUGUGGCUUUAGAAGAGAAACCCAAGCCAGCAGCACCAAAGCCAAAGCUUCUGGGAAGAAAACCUUUAGCUAAAGACAAACCCAAAUCAACUCUGGCAUCCAAUGCUCAGGCACGCAAGGUUCCUCACUCCCGCAUUGGACGACUAAUGAGCUUUGGCGGCCUUGCUGCAGGCCUAGGGGCAGGAACUUUAGCAGAAUUAACCCGCAGGUCCUUGGGCAUGAAUGAGGGGAAAGGCAGUGGGUCCCUUCUUGAUGCUUCACCAUUUUUGACUGAAGCCAAUGCAAAGAGAAUUGUCGAUACUCUCUGCAGAGUUAGAGGAGCUGCCCUGAAACUUGGUCAGAUGCUUAGUAUCCAAGACAAUGCCCUCAUCAACCCUCAGCUCCAGAAGAUAUUUGAGCGAGUGCGACAGUCUGCAGACUUCAUGCCUGCCUGGCAGUUAGAGAAUGCCCUUGUGGACCAGUUUGGGCCAGACUGGCGAUCAUUAGUAACAACAUUUGAUGAACGUCCUUUUGCUGCAGCAUCCAUUGGCCAGGUACAUCUGGCAACUCUUCCAGAUGGUCGAUCUGUUGCCAUGAAAAUUCAGUACCCAGGAGUAGCAGAAGGCAUAGACAGUGAUAUCAACAACCUCAUAGGAACACUAAAGAUUGCAAACAUUCUCCCAGAAGGUCUAUAUGUUGAUUCUGUCAUUGAGGUGGCUAAAAAGGAAUUGAAUUGGGAAUGUGACUACAUACGAGAAGCUGAGUGUACUACAAGAUUUAGGGAGCUUGUUAAACCCUAUCCAGAGUAUUAUGUUCCUGAAGUCAUUAGUCAACUGUGUACAAAACAAGUAUUUAGCUCAGAGUUAAUUGAUGGCGUACCAGUAGAUAAGUGUAUUGAAAUGGACCAGGAAACUAGAAAUUAUAUUUGCGAAAAGAUUCUACGUCUCUGCCUCUUGGAAUUAUUCAAAUUUGGCUUCAUGCAAACGGAUCCCAAUUGGUCAAACUUCUUCUAUAAUGCAGAGACUGAACAGCUUGCUCUGUUGGACUUUGGGGCAUGUAGAUCCUAUGAGAAAUCAUUUGUUGACAAGUACAUCCAGAUCAUCCAUGGUGCGGCAACAUGUAACAGAGAAAAAAUAUAUGAGUAUUCCAAACAGCUUGGAUUCUUGACAGGCCAUGAAGCGAAGGUCAUGAUAGAUGCACACAUAGAUGCUGUGAUGAUCUUAGGUGAAGCUUUCCAGGAUGAUAAGUUAUUCCACUUUGGAGCUCAAGACACCACCUACAGAAUCCAACACCUUGUCCCAGUCAUGCUCUCCCACCGCAUGUGCGCUCCCCCCGAGGAAUCCUACUCCUUACACCGCAAGAUGUCUGGGGUAUUUUUAUUGUGUGCCAGAUUGAAUGGCCAGGUAAACUGUAGGCCACUGUUUGACGAGGCAUUUGACGGUUAUAAGUAUGGAGGAACUUGGGAGGAUUUUCAUGCAGGGAGAUUGUAAUAACCUAACUUUGCUAGUUGACUUUAUUUUUUUUUUUUUUUUUUUUAAGUCUCCAACUUUACUAUACUAUGGGAUUAUUUAAAAUGAAAAGAGCAAAAUGGAAGCUUUAUAUGCAUUUGUUUGUUUCAUGAGGAUAUGUAAAGCAUCUGUACAUUUUAUUAUUAUUAUUAUUAUUAUUAUUAUUAUUAUUAUUAUUAUUAUUAUUAUUAUUAUUAUUAUUAUUAUUAUUAUUAUUAUUAUUAUUAUUAUUAUUAUUAUUAUUAUUCACCUGAAUGUCGCACCUUAAAAUUCAAUGUAUACGUUGAUAUAGUAAUAGUGUUUGCUGAUAACGAAGAAAGUGAAAGAAAUAUAUGACUGUCCAUUGUAGUACCAUUUGUUUCAUAUAGCCCCAUGGUAUGGUAUAUAGAUAUAUAUUUUGCUAAUACCUGUGAUUUUCUUUUUUAAAUAACAAUAUUAAGAAACUGGAGGUAUAUUUUGUCAGGUAAUAAUUGUAAAUAAUUCACUAGUCUAUUUUACUUAUGACUUACCAAGGCCAAUUACUGUUACCAAGAUACCGACAAAACAUCUUGUAGGUUUCCUAUUGGUGCUGGACCUGGAUUUUUUUUUUUUUUCCCCCACACUCUCCAUUUUAUGUUGCAAAGGUACUGUGCCCAGCUGACAAUCAUGCUGACUUGAGGUCAAAGCCUCCAAUGGCAGUUGAUAGCAGCCCUGACUAUUCCUUGCACAUAGGAUGAUUAAGAGCACAACAAUACACCAUCUGUAUGUAACAGAAGUCACAAGAACUAUGAACCCAAAAUAUUAACAAUUAUCAUCAUCAUCAUCAUCAUUAUCAUUAUUUUACCUUUGAGAAAGCCUUUGUACAGUUAUGCUGUGUGACUUUGAGGUUGUGUACAAUUGUUUAUUUAAUUUGUUUCAUGACUUAUGUGUAAAAGUAUCCUAAUGUUCAUGUACCGUACCUUGAUUGAGAAGGUUUUUAUAUGGUUUUCAUAUGUAAUUAUGAAAAUGUAUAAUAAAACAAAACAUUGUAAAGGAAUUUUAUGUAAAUUACAUAUGUACAUAGAGAACUUUUGUAAUAAACAGACUAUAUGAA